GGUAGAGAAAUAUGUUUACAGAACGUAUAUAAGCUGAUCUGAUGACUCCUGCCGCGUCAGUUUACAUUCAACCGAGAACAAUCGUGCGUGACACCAUGCUGUUGAAAAUCUUUGUCUUGUGUGCCGUUCUACCGGCUGUGCUUUCCUUGUCCACUUUCCGUAUGCCGCUGUUAUGCGACGGGGUAAACGAGGAGUACCAAUGUGGAUCCGCGUGUCAGACAACGUGCGAAAAUCUGGGCGAGCCAUGUCCUAUUGUAAACAUUAGGUGCAACGACGGUUGCUACUGCAAGGAUGGCUACGCUAGAGAUUGCAGAGGAGUGUGCAUCGAUAUUAAUCAGUGUAGUAAACAUAAAUGCAAGCGGCGGCCUGGACGUCGAUGGUGGAACUAGAAUGGAAGUAGAUGAACAACGAUGUCUUUCUAAAUCAUCUUCGAUAAAGUUGUAUCAAUCUCAUAAGCAAUCGAGACGACUUCUGUUUUUUACGUUCCAUAAAAAUACCGAUAAACCGUAGUUGACACAUGCGUGACAUGCUUUUUUACAGACGCGCAAAUAAUUGCGCGGUAAAUGGCUAUGAUAAGAAAUAAUUACAUCAUCUUCUACUAUUUAAGAGUUAAUUUAACAUUUAUAUCGUUGAAAUUACAAUGAAUUAAGUUAGAACGAUAGAAAGAUUUAGAUAUAGGAAUUGUUUAAUAAUAAAAUGAUUGCUGCGUGCAUACUAAAUGUCA